GUAUUGGAUGUAUUUGCCGGCCGCACGGAAAGUAUGUAUAUAUGGCGCCUACAGGUGCCGCGAUAAAGGUUUUAUCGGAAUUUGUGACGCGGCGGUGACGGGAUAGAAGAGCGAGGGCGAGAGGGAGAGAGGAUCCAACGGUCUUGAACGUCAAGGUAACCGUGUGCUCCCAUGGCGAAAUAAUAUACGUGUGAUAUACGCCUAGCCGGCGGUGCGACGAGUACGAAGCGUGCACGGAACUGUCAUGCGGUUGCACGGGCUUCCUCGUCUCUCACAAAAUUCUCGCGUUCGCGUUAUUAUCGAUUACAUUCCCGUGUGUGUAUACCUCCCCGUUGCUACGUUUAAUCGUAGCGAGUCCUAACGUACCACGUGAUCGCGGUUUACAAACGGCCGUUGUGACAAACUAUUGAGAACGCGAUAGCACUGUGCGCGGUGCGGUGUAUGUACGCUGUGUUCACAGGAUUUUCGUAUAGAAAAAAAGAGGGAUAAAGUGCCGUACAACUUCGUCAAGACGCUCCUGGAUGCUGUCUACAUGAUUUAAAAAUGAAAAUAUGAAGAGCAGUGGUCAGAAAGAAGAAUCUGGUGAUAAAAAGAAAUAUGUCUUCUUCUCAGAUCCAGAUGUUAUUGCUAAACGCGCAGAAACUUCUGCUAUUGCAGCACAGAUUACAAGAGAUGCACAAUGGCAAACUUCUGAUAAACAAUCAGAUAAUCAACAAGUUCCCACACUCGGCAGAAAGAAUUUAGAAAAUUUGCUAUCGUAUCAUCCUGUACAACCAUAUCCCUUUACAUUUAUUAGCGCAGUGAAACAAAAGCUCGCCUUAGGCGACCGCACUGAUAUUAACACAAAAAAAUAUAAUCCAAGUUCUCAGUCUAAGAGCAGUUUGACUUCUUCAGUAUUAAAAACAAAUAGUACACAGAAUUUGUAUCAAAUUGUACAAAAAAUGGAUUUCAUUAGACCAUUGAAAGUUCCAGAUCUAAAAAUUUCUCCAAAAACACUUGAUUUCUCUAGUAGAGAAAAUUCUGUCUCAAAGGAAUUGUCUUCAAAGUCUGAAAUAGCUGCAAAAGAAUUUGCACACGAUAAAUCUGACAAAACAUUAAGACUUGACAGGGUGCAGAGAAAAUUAGAUUUCUCAUCAGAUGGAUCGUCAAUUAUUAAUUCCGAAAGCAUAGAGCCGUUGAAAGCGCCGAAUGUGUCCAUAGCAUCUAAUUUAAGUAAAAAGAAGGAGCAUGUCAGAGACAGUUCUAGGGAAAAAGAAAACAGAUCUAAAAGACUGAAAAAGGAUGAUUCUUCAUGUACGAAAAGGGAUGAAUUUGCACAAGAUCAAGUGAAACGCAGUCGAAGUCCGAGACGUAUCUCCAGAAAAGAUGCAAUUGAUAUGAGCAACAUAAGAUUAUCUUUACCAAAGAAUGAUAGACCAUUUCAUACUGCAAAAAAUAACGAUUAUCCGUCAACAAAAUCAAAGGAUAAGAAUUUUGUUAUGUCUAGUGUUAAAAAGGAUAAUGACAAAAGACAGAGAUCCUUCAAUGUACAAUCUGUGGAAUUAACGAGAGAGAAUCUAGAAUCUAAGUGUCGGAUGUCGAGCAACGAACCGCCGGUCUUUCCAUCUUGGAAAGUACCGGAUAAAGUCACAUUAAGGGACAACAAUAUUGGCAUUCUAUCUAAUACUGCAGAAAAUAAAUCUAAAGACGUUUGCCACUCGAAGCAAAGGCCUGACAUAGAAGACUCUAAACAUAAGUCUGAUUCAGAUAAUAGACAAUUAAAGCAAGACAAAUCAAACACUAUUCAUAAGGAGCAAGCAAAGAGAGUGUCCGAUAAAAAUAAAACUUCGAAUAACAAGAUCGAAGGGACGUUGCACAGCAUCGAUUCGGAGCUAUCUGAAAACAUUGGAACCGUAUCUGAAACAAACAGUUCCAAGAAUCGUGUAAAUGUUUAUCCUGCGGGUUCUGCUCAGUCAUCCAAGAGUAAAGAUUCCGAAACGACUGCGGAAAGUAAGCAGAGCACCAAUUCUGCCCGCUCAGCCAAAACUCUAGAGAGUUUCAAAUGUAAAGAACAUUCUGCGGCGCAGUCUGCAGGCACAAGCACUAAAAAUGAUGAAGAGUCAUAUUUACAGAGCACCAUCACGACUAAAGAAUCGAAUACUAACGAUGAUUCGAACGAUGUAGAUAUCAGCACACUGCCAGAUACAUUAUUCGACCCUAGAAGAAUCUCUUUCAGGGACGGAUACGCCCCGCAAGACUUCCACAAUUUAACCACGCCGGAAAAGAUGAAUCUUAUGGUCAGGUCUAAACGAAGAAAAUGGAUACAAAACAGUGAUUCGGAAGCGGAUGCAAGAUGUCCAAAGCAUAAGCCGAUAAUAAAAUCCGAGCAAGAACAAAGCGAGAUACAAUUGAUGCAUCCAACAGCUUUGCAUAUGCAAUUUCAGGCAGAACUGCACCUCUAUGAUUCUUACAAUGAGUCUCUCAGGCAGAUCAUGGAUGUCGAGAAGUGUUUGUAUAAUACUAACCGCGAACAGGAACAAAAGAAUUUACAAAAAGUUAACGAGAAAGAUGAGGAAUUGGGAAAGAUUGUGCAAACUGGAGAAGACCGUGCAGCCGCUGCAGUCGAUAACGAUGCUGUUGGAAAAACAGUUUGGAAUCCACUUGAUUAUACGAAGAAAGAUAUCGCCGAGACCUGGAGAUCGAGCGACGAAGCGCAUUUUAACAGAGAACAUUACACUUCCACGAACCAGGGCAACACUGACGAGUCGGGUAUUAACUAUGGAAAAUUCAGUAAAGCGGUGGUCAAAGUAGCGGAAGUACAGACUCAAACGGUAAAUGAUAUGGCGACACAAACGGAUAUAUCCGCGAAGAAACGGGACACGCAAAAGCAAUUGUUGGAAGUCCACACGGAGGCUGCAUGUGAACGAUCAUUAUCGAGGGAAACCGAAGUUCCUCAGCUGUCUUUAGAUUCGGCUGAGCAACACGAAGACUUGGACCAAAUUGAAAAGAUGUCACUGCCCAACAAAAUAAGGACCAUGUCUGAAAUUAGCUUACACGAAACUACCUCGUCGAUAAAAACGGAAACCGGGACUGAAAUUAGUAUUUCAACUCGGGAUGUAACAUGCUCGUUUAAUCAGUACUUAGACCUCGAAAUAGCGCAGCUCAUAAGAGAUGAAAAUCAGCGAUGCAAUAAAAUUGAAGAAUUGUUCAAAUCUCGAGAGAAAACGUUGAACGACAAGACUAAGAAGUUGAUGCAAUUGGAAGAACAGAAACGCGUUUUAAAAGACACCGGACAAGAUAGCCGUUCCGUAAAAAAGAAACAGAGAGCUCUAAUUCUAAAGUUGCAGCAAGAGAAGGACGAAAUUAGCAGGUUAAAAUAUUUGUACGUAAUUACAAGCCAGGAACGUAAGCUUAUGCUGCAGAAGCAGAGAAACAUGUUUAAUCCGCAAAUAUCGACGAAGAAUAUUUUAACAAAAUUGAAGAGGAGCGCCGACAGUCAAUCGCCGAGAAGAUUAUCGGGUCCUAUGAAGGGUUACGAUAUACGUAGCAAUAGCUCCAUGAGCUCCUUGAUCGAUUCGGAUAAAUCUCAGCACGAUCAGUCUCAAGUAGACCCACGCUUGCAAACACCGAAAAGUUUCAGAUCUAUAUUCUUGAAUUCGACUAAAGAAUGCAAUACGUCCGCAACAAAAUUUGAUGACCCGGCUGAGAGUAAGAAAUUGGAAAAGAAUCCUGCAAAGUCACAAAAGAAAGGCGAUAUGUCGAAAUAUGAGCUAAGAUCUCGAAAGUACGAUGAAAAAAUGCCCAGAGCGGAUAUUUUGCGGAAUAAACAAAAUCAGCUCGACAUGGAAUCCAAGCGAAUUCAAGGCCAUCCUAUGAAAAUAAAACGACUUUUGGAAAAUCAGGAAGUGAUCGGAGUACCGCAAUCGUCGAAAUUGGAAUUGAAUGUGUCGUUACCUGACUAUGUAAAAUCCGAGUCCGAUACGUUAGUGGAAGAAUUAUCCAAAAGGUCGAGGACAGUGUCACAGGUAGCGGAUCCCUCUGUACAAACCGCUACUAUCUUGACAGAAAAAGAUUCAACGUCCAACAUUGUAACUGCUAACAGUGAAUCGAUAGAGGAAGAGAUAAACACGAUAAUUCAAGAUACCAUCUCCAAAACAACAAAAUCGUCGCAAGUCUCCGAAAGUAUGUUGCAGACAAAUUCAAGCAAGAGCUCCAAGAAGAUUGAUAAAUCGGUUACGAGUGAUAAGGACGUAUCGAAAAAGCUACAAUACAGCACCGAGUUGAAAACAAGCUCCAAGCGCAAAAGCUCCAAGUACCAGAAAACAAAAUCGUCUUCUAACACAUUAACGGAAAAUAUAUUGCAAUCCAAAUCAAGUUCUCAUAUAUCGGAGGAGCUUAUAAAGCAUCAUGACAAACGGACAAAAGUGGAGAACGAAUCGUCUCAAUUAGACAUCAAUAAUGAAAGUUCGUACGAGAGUAAAGAAAACACGUAUAGCCAAGUUUCGAACAGAAAAGUCGACAAUCAUGAGAGUUCUUCCAGAAACGAACGCAGCGUUCAAAAUGUAUCCACAUCUCAAGUUGACACUUUCGCCAUUUCUCAUCACAGUUCUGGGGACAGCGAGAAAAAUUUGUCGAAAUCCGUAGUCGUCAGAUCAAAGGACAGAGAUUUUGAACAAAUUUUAUCCGCACGCGAAACCGCGCUCACAUCGCGUAAGAACUGCGUCGAGGAGUGGAUGGCUUGGCACGCAAGAUUAAGAGCGGAAGAGGACCGUGUAAGCCGUAUGGAGCAGGCGGCGUUCAAACUUGUCGCAGCAGCAUCGAAUGUCUUAUCUCAGCAAGAGAGAGGUCUGUGUUCUUUUAUAGAUACCACUCUCUCGUCCGAUACAAGCGAUGUCGAAGGAAGGAUAGGACUUCUUACUGAGAAAUUGGCGGAACGACGUAUCGAAAUGGCGCGUCUAAAAAGGGAAGCAAAGAGGCAAGCAAAGAAGCAACUACGCGCUUUGGAAGCAAACCUGCUGAAUCAGAUUAAGAGAUAUGACACGACCAUCCACGAGAUGCGCAAAAAAUUGGAAACAAAGAAAGGUAUUAAAGAAACUGAUAAGCUAGCUAUAGAGCCAAAGUCAUUGGCUGACUUCAAAGUACCUGAAAUACCGCUUAAGAGAAUACAGGAUAUCUAUAAGAGCAGCGAUUUACUGAGAUCCAGAUCGGAAUCUGAUCUUUUAGCGACGAAGAAUCAGCAAAAAGAUUUGCUGAAGAUCGUGACGCCGAUAGCGUAUGACAACAAACGUGAGAGAGAUACUUUACAGAAAUCUGCAAAAUCCACGGAUAUCAAGAGCACGAACGCAAGAGGACUGAAGAGUAUUACGGAUAUUAAUCACAGCAGCCAAACUAUUUUGGACGAGUACACAGAAGCAUAUGAUAAAAUUCCAACGGUGACUUCCGUGUCAUUAGCCUCGCAUAGUGCACUUUCCGGAAAGCAUGCUCUUUCCAUAGAAAAGCAGAUCGAUGUGAAGCAAAGUAGCGUGUCGCGCGAUGCUGAAAAUAGUGAAAAGAAUCUCAGUACGGUUAGAUCGGAAUUGGAAGUGCCAACGAUCUCGGAUGCGAGUACCAAAUCGACGGAUAACAGACCGAUUUCUAAAACCGAUCAAUCGAAGAUUCUCACGAUACAGUCGGAGAUGCAGGAAGAUGUCGGCUACUCAAAAUCUAUUCCGAACAAAUCCAAUUAUUCUGUGGAAAAUAUUACACGCAUUACCGAUUCCAACAUACUCACUUAUUCGAGGAAGUUGGACUAUUUGCAGCUAAACAAUAAGAACUUGAGCGAAGAUAUAAGUUCUAUUGAAAACGACAUUAAGGCACUCUCUGAAAUAAUGUCCCGUUUGAGUAACGAAUCGAAUGAGAAAUCUAAAGCGGAUAACGAUGAAAGAAAUACGUCGCAAGAUAUAUCGGAAAUAAUAUCCAAGUCAGUCUUCAGCGACAAAAUCUCAAACAUUGCAAACGACGAAAAGCAGGCAAUAUCGCACGAGAAGGAAAUUAAUACCGAUUCUCUUUCCGGUUCGGCAAACGACAGGAAAUCAAAGUCGCCCAAUGAUUCUAGCCGUGGCAGCUACGUAUCAGACAAAAUAAAUAACGAAGUAUCGGCAACGAUCCCAGAAGAAGCAUCUAUUCUUUCCAAUUCGGCUCGUAUUGAAAUCGAUUAUGAAGCCAAAAGCAAGGAGAUAAUGAACGAAAUUGAGAAAUCUAUAAUAUCGGAACACAUUAAGGAAACACUUGACGAUUACAACACUUCAUUGGAAAAUGAAAACGAGGAAUUGUUAAAUGAAUUGAUCUCAGAGCUCGAUGUAAAAUCUAUUUCUGAGAUUCUUUCCAAAGUAUCGGAGAGCAGAAGAAGUCUCGAUCUCGCGACAAAUGUAACAACGGAAAUCGUCAGCGACGCGAAGAAAGAUAGAAAUGUUGCUGAAAUAUUAGAAGCUGAAGCUAUUACCGAUGCAAAACCGUUGAAGAACUUUGAUGAAGAUAUUCAGACACCGGCACUCGAUGAAACCGUAAAUUCAGUGGCACUCGCGUCUAAGGCCGACCGAAAUCAAUCGCAUACAAUCAGCGCGGGGAACAUUUCGCAGGACAAAGACGAUUGGACGACAUCUGAUUCGUUUGAAGUGCCGCAAGAUGAAAUUAGCACCGGAGACCGAGAAGAAUUCGAGAAAUCGCAAUCGCGCUUGGAUGAUAGCUCGAGUAAUUUCUUGGAAAAGGAUGUAUCAGCGUUCAUUCCGAAAGGAGAGUCCACUAAGGUUGAGAUGCACAAUGUCACAAUUGAUAAUACAUUGGUAGAGUCUCACACGAAAACUAACGAUGAACUCGACGACAUACUGGAUAUAAUUUCUAGGGAAAAUAAUCAAGAGAAAAACAUUUUUAAUAAUGAAAAUGAAAAACGUGAUGUACUCUCCGAUUCUAUGGCCGAAUUAUUGGACAAAGUUAAGGAUUUUGCAGAAAAUGAUGAAAAAAUCGAGGAUAAUCAUUUUGGAGAAAUCUUACAAGCUACCGGUGAAAGCGACGAUAAACCUGUUGUAAAUAUAAAUCUGCGCGUGGAAAUUGAUAACGAAGAGAGUCCACGUGAAACGGUAUCGGAGGCACAGGAAAUUAUAAUAACAGAGCUGGAUUCGGAGAGCAUAGAAGAUAACGUAUUAUCGGAACUUGAAAUUGAUGCCAAAAUUGAAUUGGCUGAAGAAGAGGAGCCCGCUGCUACGAGCAAUGUAAACGAAGGCAGGGAUUAUUAUGUCGUGGAAGAAACAGACAUGCCCGUAGAAAUAAAGGAAUGCCUGGAAUCAAUUUUGGAACAAGACAGUUCGGAUGGCGAACAGCUGGAUAAUCUGGUGGAAGUUGCUGAAAGUGGAUUGGAUACUGUGGAGAAACUCGUCGCACCCUCGCGAGAUUCCCCUGAUUUAAUAAUAGACAAUGCGACGCCUGUGCAAAGUGAAGAAGCUAAAGAAUCAGCAGAUGGCACAGUUGAACAGAAUGACGAAAUCGUGAUAACAAGUGCACCAAUAAUUGCAAAUUUAAACAAAACUUUCGAGAUAUUUAAAGAUCCUGAAUACGAAGAUAUCUCGGAGGAGAGUCUCGAGGUGUCUGAAAUUUUAGAUAAGAAUGACUUAUCUAAAGCAGGCGUCGCGAAAAAAUCUGCCAGCUUGCCGGAGAAAUAUCAGGCAGUGCAGAAAUCGGUGGAAGUGCUGAGAAUACUGGACGAAAUUUCGCAAAAAUCUUCGCCCGACUCUAUCAGCAAUUCGCAGAAAAGCGAGAAGGAUGCACGGAACGCACAAAGUCCGACGGAAGAGAUCAGUGAGCUCCUGGGUGCGGAGGUUUCCGCGGAGGACGACAGUUCAUCUCCCGAGAUGAACAGAAUAACGAAGGACAAGAGAGAUGAAUCGGGAAAUCGAUCCUUGGAAGGAGCCGAAUUACACGACAGAGUGGAGGCUGGCGGUGUAGACUUGUCCGAGGAAAAAAGUCCGGUUCCUUUGAGACUGGAUGAGCAUAAUAGAGACGACAAGCCUUCUCAGAUAAUAUACGAAUUACGCGAGAGAGUGUCGCAGCUGCAGGAGCAGGAUGUUUCGUCCGAAUCCAGCGAAGCCGGCGAUACACCGAGAGGUGUAUCCGAGAUCGAGAUGGACUCGCCGAGAGAUUUCAACGAUUCCAGACUGGACAUGGAUAUCCUGGACGACGAUCUGUUGAGCGGCACUAAAUCGGCGAAUCAGAGCGUCGACGUGAAGAGUAAUUUCCAUUCUGCGUCUAUCGUCGCCACGUCGGAGAAGGAUAUCGAGGCCAUGAUCGAUAAAAUCAAAGCUUCACUGGGACAGCCUGGCUUGGAGGUCUCCGAACUGGAAGCCAAGUUGCUUCGCAUCGAACAGCUGCAAAUCGAAUUGGAGAUAAAGAAAUUGGAAGCGGAGGAAGUGUCUUACUACGUUCGAGAAAUACCGAAUAAACCGCCGCCUCCGUACACACCACCGGGAGACAGCCGAUUGCCGAGUUCGCUUGGUUCGCCCUCGCUAGUGACCGCUGUGACUCCGACUAACGUCGAGGAACUGACGUUGUUCACGGAGAAAGCCACAACCCUGAUAUACAACGCCAAACUGGCUGGCGAUGACAUCGCGAGUCUGGAAGCGCCUCCCGAGAUCUACGAUUUGACCAAAGACAAGAACGAGGCUGUAAGAAAGGACAAACGGAUUUACAACACCUUCCUCUUCGAUCUCUGCAAGGAGACUAUCGUCGAGGUUUAUCGAGCGGAGUACGAGAAACCUGGCCCGAGCUGGACGAAGCCGAACGUGAAGACGAAGCCGACGAUGAAGAUGCCGAAGACCGUGGACGAGCUCAUCGAGUACGUUAAUAAGGAAGUCGCCACGUUGUUCGGUUUCAAAACGAAACUGCAGCGGGAGAACAUGGUGAUGCGUUGGAGCAGGAAACGCAGGGAUAGGGUCGACGAGCUGCUCGCGAGAGAGGCUCAAGCCGAGGAGGACGAAUGGACCAAGUUUCAUCACGAUGAACUGGCGGUAAAGAACGGACUCACGAUUGCCAUAUUGGACACCCUUAUGAUGGAAACAGCAAACGUGGUGAAAACAGCUUAUGGUAAGAAGAGGAGGAUGAUGGUGUAAUUUUGUUAUUGGUGAAGCAGACGAUAAAAAAGAAGCUGUUAAAAUAUCCUUACAGUCAAUGUUUCCUCAGGACUGCGUUUUGAAUCCCGCGUUGCUAUCAUUCACACUUUUAGUACCUUACAUGUAAUAUAUAGGCUGGUUCCUAUUUAUUUGUUGACAAUGCAAUUUAUUGCUUUUUCUCUUUUUUAUAUCUUAACUGAGCGGACGCGUAUGAAUGUUUGAAUACAGACAAGCCGUGCAAAUGCGGGGAAAUAUAUGAAUGGCUAAGAGAGAAAGAGAGAGUAAAUGUAAUUAACAUUAAUAGACAUCUGCAAUUCGAUAAUCAAACGUCCUAGGUCAGUUUUAAAAUUUAUUUCCUGUUAAGAGCGAGUUUAACGAGUUUCUAGUUUAACGAUAAUUGUACCUAUUCUACUUAUUCUACCGUGAGCUAUCGUAAGACAAUUAAUGUAAAGAGUGAAGUUGUGUUGGUUUGUUUCUAUGAAAAUGAUAAAUACUCAUCAUCGAACAUUGCGGAGUAUUUUGUUCAAUUGAAUAUGCACAGAACGGGAAUAUCGUCUCCUGUUAUGCGAAUUCUAUAUUUUGCUUCUUAAUACGUUAUCCACUGUUUACACUGUAGUUUAUUAAAAUUGUAAUAAUUAUUCAGCGCGUGAUAUUCAUGCUCUUCUAGCACUGUAAUUGAACAGAAUGCUCGAUUGCUGUACAUAAAUCGUAAUUUAGCAAAAUGUAGAAUAUAAGUAAUAAGGUUUUGAUAUAAGUCAUGUCGAAAAGAAGCAGUCAUAUGCUCAAUUACUUAUAAUGGAAUUAACAAAAUUCAAACGGAAAGACUGACGUUUUGGGGCCAUUUUGAUCGAAAUUAUAAGCUAUUAAAUGAAAAUAUAUAAAAAAAGAUUGUAGUAAAUGUCGGCUAAACAGGGUGAGGCGCAUAAGCAUUUUAUUUGGGAAAAUAUUUUCUUCCUCUUUUUCUCUCUCUCUUCUCUACCAGUAUCUUCGAAUAACUGUAAUGUUUUAUGUGCUUCUCCUGCAUAUUGGUUUUUUUCGAAUUUAAAUAAAUGCGCGAAAGAAUGAGCUUUUUAAAUAAAAUAAUUCAAAUGUAGCCCCUAUAUCACACAGAAUACACUCAAGAUUGAGUCCUAUAUAUAUAUAGUCAUUAUGUUUACCAUUAUUAAUGACAUAACUACCUGUAACUUUAUUUGUUAAUGGACUGAUAACCGAUCUAUACAUACCUUUUAGUCUAAUCGUGUCUCGCCUUUGAUUGACGCGAUUCCAUCUCACUUAAUUUUAUGUUUGUGGUUGUGAUGUAUGUAAAAUUGACGGGAAUGCGACGGUAGCAUAACAUGCAAACAGAUUCAGUGUCAUAAAGCAUCGAAUGUGCUCCGUCUUGAAAUUCCUGUACAUUUCAGAGAUGUAAAUAUUACAUCGCUCAAGUGCGUCGUCCAGCGUUGUUUACACGAGUAGCAUCGCUUUUAAUUUUAAUUAGAACAUAAUUUUUAUUAAUCGCGAUAUGUGCGAACCGCCCUGAAGAGCCUUCCUCCGUUUGCAGGGUACUCUUUUAGUGUUGUUUAUAAUUCUCUUUACGUUAGCUGUUCUCAAUCGCGUCUGUAAUUGUUACAGAGAUUGUUCACGUACGUAGUGUUGAAUAUGUACUUAAUUAAGGUAUAAUAUAUUUUAUAAUAAACCUUUUUCGGAAAA